AUGGUAAAAACCAGCGUCUCUGAGCUGCCCAAGCGAACUACCAGAUCAUGCUCCUUGACUGAAUCAGCGAGGAAACAACAUGAAGUCCAGGAAACUGUUGAGCCUUUAUUCCCAUCCGUUUUCAGCAACUUCUUAUUUAGAGAGGAAUCAAUCAGUUUGGAUGUUCUACUUCAACAUUUCCCUGGUAGAAGAUCUCAAGUACUUGAGAUUUUGCAGUUGAUUGGCCCACUGAAUUCUCCUAUGAUUCCUCUUUUUGUCUAUGGUGGCCCUUCUACUGGUAAAAGCAGUGUGGUUACCCAAGUUUUCAGGCAUUUAAAUCGACCUUUUGUCUAUGCAAGCUGUUGUUCUUGUUAUAGUCCGAGCAUCUUAUUUCAGUAUGUCUUGAAUCAACUCUUUCUCCUUACAAAGAAUUUGAGAAAUGAUUUUUCAAGUUCAUGGAGUUGUGAAAGAGCUUCUGAUUUCAUUAUUUUGCUUAAAGAUGCCUUGACACAGUUUGUAUCUGUAGUUGGAGAAUGUUCGGAUAAAUCAGAUCUAAAGCAAUCCACUGCCCUUGGGGAUGGAAAAAUGAUAUACUUGGUAUUUGAUAAUGUUGAGAUGAUUCGUCAUUGGGAUGGAAGCUCUGAUUUGAUCUCAAUAUUGUUUAAACUUCAGGAUCUUCUGAGAAUGGUCGAAGUGGGCUUAAUUUAUAUCAGUCGCGCUGGUCCUAACUGCUAUUAUGCGAACAUUGGUUCUACAGAGCCUCUUCCUAUCUUCUUUCCCGAUUACACAGAAGAUGAUCUUUAUGAGAUACUUAUGAGAAAUCAAGUGAACCCAAAGUUAUAUUCUUCAUUUCUUAGGUGUGUAAAAUUAGACAGUUGUGAAAUCAACGAAAAUCAGGUUCGCUUUAUCGUCCGAUUUAAUUUUCUUUUGUCGUUCUUCUUUUCAGGGUAGUCCUUAAGCCCUUCUACAGGGUAACAAGACGGCUUGAUGAAUUAUCAAUUGCUUUUCAGCCAUUAUUUGAGAAAUACCGUGAGCAAGUAUCUGAUCCAAAGUUACUUCCAGAUGAAACAAUGAAUAGAAGGCUAUUUGAUAACAUUCAGCCUCAUAUUGCUCCAUCAAUAGAUGAGAUAAUGAAAGUUUCUUCUCUCCAACUACAACAAGACAAUACUGGGAAAUUCUCCAAUGAAAAGAGGAGUGCAAAGAAAUUUCAUGGGAACGCUGCUUAUGAUGGGUUAGAUUUUCAUAUGUCCCUAUCUACGAAGUAUCUUUUUCUAUCAGCAUUUCUUGCUUCAAGGAACCCUCCCACCCUUGAUUCUGCCAUGUUUGAUUCCACCGGAGGCUCCAGUAAUCAGAAACGCAAGAGAAAGUAAGUCAAUGUCUCUCUUUCUUCCUUAGUUUUGUAUGUUUGUCCUUCUGCUGCCAUUUGCCUCUUUUAAUUGACCCCAACAGCAUUAUUUUGUGUUUAAUUUAUUUCUUAUUUCCUAUCCAGGAGUAGCGAGGCAUCUAGGCAAGAAAAGGACCAUAAUUUGCAAGCUAUGCUUCUGAAGGGACCAGGUAGUUUCUCAUUGGAGAGACUGUUGGCCAUAUUCCAAUGCAUCACUUACGUAGCAGAUUGUUAUCCUGAGAGGGAGACGCUUGAUAAUCAGAUGUACGAAGAUGAAAGGAGUGGUGCAACAUCGGAUGUUCUACUGCAGUUGAGCAGUCUAUGCGAAGCUAAUUUUAUCAGUAAAAGUGCAAGUUGCUCCCUGGAGGGCUUUACUAGGUACCGAUGCACUGUAGACGAGAUAAUUGCUCUGAAGGUGGCUACCUUAUCCCAACUGAAAGCAUUCCCUUCUUUCAGACUCUCUCCUUGUCCUGCAUUCUGAUGUCAUUUGAAAUGGUCAAAAAGGUCGCAAGGAGUAUAAGCUUCCCUCUCUCCAAGUACCUCUACAGAGGAUAG